CAGCGGGAGAGGCUUUCCUUCAAGCUGUUAGUGUUUUAUCCUGGCAGGCUCCUCGAGGUUGUUGUGAGGAGUCUAGCCAGUUGGUGAGCUUUGUAAUCUAAACCAGCUGUCCCAGGCUGAGGCCCCCAUUUGCAUUGUUUAACAUACUUAGAAAAUGAAGUGUUCAUUUUUAACAUUCCUCCUCCAAUUGGUUUAAUGCUGAAUUACAGAAGAGAACUAAGCAAAACCAGGUGCUCUCUCUGUAUUCUCUCCAGUGUCUGAGGAGGUACAGACGGCUCCCGAACUUCUCCAUUACUUGCUAUUUCAUUCUUUGGACUAUAAAUGACUGAGGAACUGAAGUGCUAGCAGAGGGUAAUGUUUGGAAAAACUUUCUAGUUAUUCAUCAGCACAGACUCUGGUUUUUUUCCACCUUUCCCCAACGGUUUUGGACAUGCAAGGAUUAAAAAGGAUACUGACUGCUUUCACACUGGCCGUCUGCCUUUCGAGCCCUGGAAAAGCACAGCAACAAUGCACUAAUGGGUUUGACCUGGACCGUGCCUCUGGGCAGUGCUUAGAUAUUGAUGAAUGUCGGACUAUUCCUGAGGCCUGCAGAGGAGAUAUGGUGUGUGUCAACCAGAAUGGUGGCUAUUUAUGCGUACCGCGAACAAACCCAGUAUAUCGGUCACCAUAUCUGAAUCCUUAUUCAAAUAUUUAUCCACCGCCCCAAGCACCAGGCCCCGUUCCUAAUUACCCUACUGUUACAAGACCUCUGAUCUGUCGAUUUGGUUACCAGUUGGAUGAAAACAAUCAGUGUGCUGAUGUGGAUGAAUGCGCUUCAGAUUCUCACCAGUGUAACCCCACCCAGAUCUGCAUAAAUACUGAGGGGGGCUAUACCUGUUCCUGCACUGAAGGCUACUGGCUCUUAGAAGGCCAGUGUUUAGAUAUAGAUGAAUGUCGCUACGGCUACUGCCAGCAGCUGUGUGCCAAUGUGCCCGGUUCCUACUCCUGCACGUGCAACCCAGGCUUCACCCUCAAUGAUGAUGGAAGAUCAUGCCAAGAUCUGAACGAAUGUACAAGCGAAAACCCUUGCACUCAGACCUGCGUCAAUACCUACGGCUCUUUUCUCUGCCGCUGUGAACCUGGCUACGAACUGGAAGCUGAUGGAGUUAACUGCAGUGAUAUGGACGAAUGCAGCUUCUCAGAGUUCCUCUGCCAGCACGAAUGUGUGAACGGGCCUGGUUCUUACUACUGUAUCUGUCCUUCGGGCUAUAACUUGCUUGACGAUAGCAGAAGCUGCCAAGAUAUCAAUGAAUGUGAAAACAGAAACUUCACCUGCACUCCACAGCAAACGUGUUUCAAUAUCCCAGGAGAAUAUAAAUGUUUAGACCCAGUAAGAUGCGAGGAUCCUUAUAUCCAGAUUAAUGAGAACCGCUGCAUGUGUCCAGCUGAAAACGCCGGUUGCAGAGAUCAGCCAUUCACCAUCUUGUACAGAGUGAUGGAUAUGGUGUCCGGGCGGUCUGUGCCUUCUGACAUUUUUCAGAUGCAAGCAACAACUCGCUACCCUGGAGCCUAUUACAUCUUCCAAAUCAAAUCAGGGAACGAGGGCAGGGAAUUCUACAUGCGG